AAAAUUGGCCAAAAUAUCGAUUCUAAAAUAUUUUUGUUUCGAUUUAAUAUUUUCAAGCAAACCUGUAUUCGCCAGAGGGCAUCUACAUCGGCCGUCAUCUUUGAAAAAGUUGGUCAGACUCAGAACUUGGAAUCUGUCGAAAAAGAUGUCUAAUGAUUACAGAUGUCUAGGACUUUAUGUUGGCUGUAGAACUGUAACUCGAAAUGACCCGGUUUAAUGGGCUUAAUAGCUAGUUUACGUGAUAGACUCUGACGAGGUAGAGUAAUUUUAGUGUGAAAAGUCAUAAGACCAGUGUCAUCUGACUACUCUUCCUUCAAGAUGGCUCCUUCACCGGAGUAUGAUAAGGAACCGAAAGCCCCGGAUAAAAGUGCAACAUGUGUAUCUAGUGAUGAUACAAAAGUUCUUCAUAAUCUAGUGACUGACCAACAAACGAACUCAGAUCUCAAACCGAUGAAUUCAAUUGGGAACUCGGACGUGGAGAACAAUAAACAUGUCGAAACCUUGGACGACGGUCAGCUUCGAGCGCUCCUCGAUGAAGCCAUCACGUACAAAUGUCCCAAAGAUCGUGAGGGCAAAAGCAGUCUUUUCAAGGAACUUCUUGAGGAAGUGGAACAAGACGAGCAAGCAUGUGAGGCGGCGGCGCGGUGCACGGGAGGAGGACGCGGGUCAAGACGAGGGGCGAGGGCGCGGCCACCCCUCCCUCAUUCCAACUCACUCCAGGACCUCGUGGCCGCCCUGGCCGCCGAGCCCACGUCCCGGCGACACCACGCCCGACACGCGGCCCACGUGCCCGCCACCGCCUCCGUCUCCGCUCGGGCCAUACACGGAGGCAGCCUCCCAUCCGGAGUUGAUACCUCAUCACUCCUGUGCGAGGAACCGGCCCGGGGCGCGGGUUAUUUGGCCACUGUGCGGUGUGUGAAUCCGCCGCCGCUCGCCGAACGCCGAGUGUCCGCCAGUGACGCCAACUCGCCCCACGAAAUGGAAUCGCUCAACAGACGGAGCAAGCCGAUGUUCCCGAUGACGUAUACGGCGCGCGCUACGCUGGAGAUCGGCAGCGGCAGCGUGAGCUCGGGCCGCGCGGUCACCACCACCACCGCCUCGAACCAGGUGGGUCUCGGCGGGGCGCGGGCCGGCACUCCGCCCGAUGAGCCCGGCCGCAACAUGCGGAGACCUUACCGCGAUGCAGCAGGGGGGGCCGGACCGCGCGGCCCGGACUCCAGCUCCGCCGACUGGCUGCGUUGGGUGGACUCGUGGUACGAAGGCUUGGCCGCCUACGCCGCUUCACAUGAGAUGGUCGGCCGGCCGCAGAGACGUAACUCCUCCCAUGAAAUCCACGACGACAAAGAAAGCAAAAUUAAAUACAAUAGUUUUUUAAAAUUUCACUCGUCACAAGAUUUUCAAAGUUAUGAUGGAGGACAAAGUUCUAAAGCUACACCCGAUGAGUGUGAUCAAGUCCCUCGGGCAAAAACAACAAAUAUAAAUUGUGAUUGUUUCUGUGAAAAUAUCAAGGACGCUAAUUCAAAAAGUGUUACUAGGUUUAAAAAUGGAUGUAGAGAACGCUUAGGAAAAGAUUUAGUUAUGCCGAACUUGUCGGCAAUAAAUCCACGCAAUGUUAGAGUUAUGACUAUAAGUGCGCCUUCCGCUGUGGAAAAUGUAAAAAGUAAUGAGAAUGAGAAGUCUUGUAACUCUUAUAAAAAAUCUUCUCACAAAAUAAUAGAAGUAAAAGAUAACAAUGAGAGUACUUUAGAAAAGGAAAUAGACAAAACAAUUACGUUUACCUCAAAAGAUUCUAAAAGCUUAACAAUAUCUGGAACCACGGAUGAUAUUCCUUCGAAGAAUGAAAUAAAUUCUCUCGAUAAAACUCUUUCUUGUACUAAAAUAAACGUUUAUUCUAAAGAUUCUAGAAAACAAGAAGACGUAUGUGAUGAAAGCCUUAGUGAUCAAUGUAUGAAUACUACAGAAACACAUGAUAUAAAGCAAUCGACGAAUUUACAUUGCUCUAUCUCCAAAGAUAAUAUUAGUGCAGUAGAAAAAGCACCACCAAAGAAUAGUUAUGAGAAUAUUUCGAAAAACAAAACAUGCUCUCUAGAUAAAGAAGAAUUUGAAAAAAUAUAUAAUGAAAAUAACUUAGUUAGUUUGCUUGGUGAUGAAAUUAAGUCACCUUCCAUAAAAUCUUCUAGUCUAGCAGAAGUUCCUAAAGAAAUUUCUCAAGAACGUACAGAGGUCAUUCAAACUGUAGAUGUAGAUUUAACUGUAGAUGUAAAACAAUCUACAGAUGAUUAUUGUGAUAAAGAAGGAUCUGAAUUAGCUUUAGUGAACUACGAUAACUAUUUAACACCAAACGAGGUUUGUUAUGAAAUUUUAGAGGUAAUAGAUUGUAAGACCGUGGAUAUUGUUACGGAAAAUGGAAUAGAAAUGGUGGUUAUACCAUCUAAUGUGAAUUUAGAUGAUGAAUACUUGAAAUCGAAUUUCACUCAGUAUAUGGACAAUCAACAAAAACUUAUGGACGCGCUGAAGGCUGAGAGUAAUAUUGUAAAAGAGGCUAACGCGUCCACAUCAGUCGUGGAAGACAUCAACAAAGACAUUCCAGAACAUUCCGUUAUAACCGACGCUGAGUGUAAAGAAAAAACUGUACAAGAGAUUAAAAUAGAUCUCACCAUAAAUAAGUGUACUAAAAUAGCUUGUAUAGAAAAAGUUUCGAACAAUAAUAACGACGAUGAGAUCGAUAAUAAAGAAUUAGCAAUAAUCCAAAAUAGAAAUUCAGAUAGAAAGCCAGUUGAAAAGUUUACAAUAACUGACUUCCCUUACAAUGCUUAUAUAUUUCUAACACAACCCACGUUGCUAGCUUCGCUCAAUAACAAUAAUGAAAAGCUACAAAUACAAGACAUAAUAAAGAGUACUAACAUCAAACCGUACGUCUCGGAAAACGCAGCAACGAAAGCGAAUAAGAAAAAGAAAGAAAAGCCACGGCCCGGUAACGUUAAUUUGAAAAAAGAUGCUUUAAUACACAAAAACGCACUAAAAGUUUUGUUGUUUGAAGAUCUUUCUCAUGACGAUGAUAGGAAUGACGAAACCGAGUCAGGGAAAUACGGGCAAGCUACUGAUAACGAUAAAGAGGUCGAUUCCGCUAUACCGUUCAGUUGCAUCACAACGCCGGAGGUUGUGAGCGGCUGCAACACGACCCCAUCCGCCUCGCAGUCGGCGGCGGCCGCCGAUCCAAAGCCUCGCGGCGUGAUAUCGAGCGCGUUCAACGGGCUGCCAUUGUCGCGCCCCAACUACGGCUCGACCGCGUCGACCGCUAGCGAUGAACACAAGAAGUCUUUAGACGAGAAUGGGAAUGCGGUGCAGGCGUUUAGUUCGCCUCUAGCGGGCUCCGGGCAACACAAGAAGCCGAGGAGGAAAAAGUCGUCGAAAAAUGAAACCGUAAUCGAUUGUAGGCAGAUCGACGGGUACCAGGGCGACAAGGACGUCAACGAACUCCUGCGCUUCAUCGAGUCCGACGCCGAGAGCGCCCGGCCCAAGCUCGGCCGCGCCAAGCACCGCGACGACAACGACGACAAGGCGGCCAAGAAACGGUCAACCGAACGCCGCAAGGACAAAGACCACAAGGCCAAGCGCGCUUCCUCGCUCGAGGAACUCUCUCGCACCACGCUCGAGGAACUCACCGGGCCCCGCGCCGACCCCGCGCCCAAGCCCGAGCGGCGCUCCUGGGGCGAGACGCGCGACGACCCCGACCCCGACCCCGUGCCCGUCGGCGAGCUCACCGACUUCCAGACCGUCACCAAGCGACGCAAGCCGCGGCGCCGCCUCGACGAGCAGCCGCGUCGCCGCCACGAGCCCCCGGCGCCCCCCUCCGACCACACCGGCCCCAACGACUCGGGUGAUGAGCUAGAGUCUGCACACUCGCCGCCACCCGCCGCGCCGCCCGCCCCUCCCCCCGCAUCCUACGCGGACAUCGCGCGCACCCGGCACAACAUCCCCGACCUCAUAGAGUCCUGCAACUACUACGCGGAGGGCGAGGAGGAGGGUGAGCGCGUCGCGGAGCCGCCCACCCUGCCCGCCGACAUCAAACCGGGAACCGGCGGCGUCCGCCCCCGCCGUGACGGAAAGGCGGCGAACGCAAAGCGCGGCAAGGAUCGGUCGCCGCCCGCGCCCGACGUGGUGGCCGACCGGCGGCCCGCCGUCAUCCUGCUGGACGCGGGCGCGCGGCCGCCCGACAUGGACGGCGUGACGUUCGGGUUCGACGUGAACGAGCAGCUGGUGGGCGGCGGCGGGCGGCGCGUGGACCUGCUGCCGGGCGCGGCGGGGGCGGCGCGCGGGGCGGGGGGCGUGGCGGUGCGGGCGGGCGCGCUGCUCGUGCGCUACGUGCCGCCGCCGCCGCCCGCCGACACGCACCACCUGCUGCAGAUCGUCGACUACGUCGGCAACGCCUGGGAGGAGGUGGUCCGGUGCGGCGGCGGCAAGGUGCGCUACUACAGCGAGUAGGGCGGGCGGCGUCCGGACACAAAACGAACUGUGGGGUCGCUCCUUGUCGUAACAAGGAAGCCUAGUGCCCCGGGGUGGACAGGACUAAAGUGUUAUGUUGCGAGUGCCGCGAAUUGCCGCGAACUGCCGCACGAAACGAUCGAGCGCCUCGCGUUCUGCUGAACGUUAAACGUGUAAGAGAGACUUUGAGAUUACUAUUUUUGCACUGGUGUAGUGUGUGCCGCCGCGGCCGGCCCCCCAACUAAUCGCGAACUUUUGAUGUCGGUCCUAGGACCGACUGCUCGAGUUUAUUUUGUUAUGUAUUUUUUAAGUUACACCUAUUUUAAUGUAAAUAAAUCGGAGAUCUUUUGAUAUGUUGCCGGGACACCAGCGCGUGGACUGUCCCUUUACGCUCGACCGGUCAAUUAGUGUACUAAUUCUAUUUAUGAAGAAAUACCGACACAAAAAAUUCACCUAUGAUGAAGACGUUUGUCUUCUGAAUUCAUCAAUAUUCGGACAUCACAAAAUUGAGCGUAUUAAAAAAAAACGGAAAUUGCAGUAUAUUAUGUACUUCUUAAUCAAACAUUUUUUUAAUGAA